AUAAACCUAUCAUCAAUUGUGUUUUUGUAAUACUCGUCCAUGAAAAUCAUAAAAAAACACAAACAAAGAGAACUAGCCACGGACAAGCAAAACAAAAAUGUCCUUACCCAGUGAUGAUCAAACAUCCCAUGCCGCAGACGAUUAUGACCUCAGUAAAGCAAUUACAUCCCGAUCAGGUCUUCGCCAAGGUCUAACCUCGUACGGCGAUGCUCACUUCUCUCUCUUCUUACGCAAAGUCUUCAUAAAGGCUCUUGGAUACACAGAUGAUGCGCUGUCACGACCUAUCAUUGGCAUUAUCAACACUUAUUCAAGCUAUAACCCCUGUCACGCCAACGUUCCCCAGCUUAUCGAGGCUGCUAAGCGUGGCGUGCAGUUGCAUGGUGGCCUCGCAAUUGAUUUCCCCACAAUCACAUUGCACGAAUCGUUUGCUCAUCCGACGAGCAUGUUUUUGAGGAAUCUCAUGAGUAUGGAUACAGAGGAGAUGAUCCGUGCUCAACCAAUGGAUGCGUGUAUAAUGGUUGGGGGUUGUGAUAAGACAGUUCCGGCACAGCUCAUGGGUGGAAUUUCAGCGAAUAAGCCCGUUCUUCCCCUCAUUACCGGGCCGAUGAUGCCUGGUAGUCACCGAGGGAAAAGACUAGGUGCUUGUACUGACUGUAGAAAUAAUUGGGCUGAGUAUAGAGCUGGGCAGCUUGAUGUCGAGGAAAUCAGUGCUAUAAAUGAAGAACUGGCACCAACAUCUGGAACUUGCGGCGUGAUGGGAACAGCUAGUACGAUGGCUUGCAUCACUGCUGCUUUAGGCAUGAUGCCUUUUAAAGGAGCUUCGGCCCCUGCUGUCUCUUCCGGGCGUCUACGCGUUGCUGAAGAGACUGGUGCAAAUGCCGUCUCGGUCGCCCAAGCCAAGCGCACCCCGCAGGAUAUUCUUUCCAAAGAAUCAUUCUUGAAUGCAAUAACGGUACUUCAAGCUAUAGGAGGAUCGACAAAUGCGGUGGUUCAUCUACUGGCUAUCGCGAACCGACAUCCCAACAUCCAAGGAGAAAUUACGCUUCAGACAAUUGAUGACAUUGGCAGAAAGACACCAUUGCUCAUAGAUUUGAAGCCUAGCGGAGAAAAUUACAUGACUGAUUUCCAUAAUGCUGGUGGUAUGCUUGCGCUGUUACAUACCCUUCGGCCACUUCUUCACCUGAAUGCUAUGACAAUAUCGGGGAAAACACUUGGUCAAGUCCUGGAUGAGUCUCCAUUCAAGUCAUUCCCAUUUUCUGAGGAAGUCGUCAGACCUCUUUCAAACCCGCUUUAUGAAUCAUCAUCACUGGUGGUUCUUAAAGGAAAUAUUGCCCCUCAUGGAGCAGUGAUGAAAGCUUCGGCGUCGAAGGACCGGUCUCUGUUAAAACACUCAGGGCCGGCUGUUGUUUUCGAAGACAGCGCCGACCUCGCAAAGCGAAUCGAUGACCCUGAUCUUCCAGUAUCAAAAGACUCGGUUUUGGUUCUGAAGAGCAUUGGGCCGAUAGGGAAUCCCGGGAUGCCCGAAGCAGGGUUGAUCCCAUUGCCGCGCAAACUGGGUGCGCUCGGGGUCACAGAUAUGUUGCGCAUCUCUGACGGAAGGAUGUCAGGAACAGCGGGGGGUACCAUAGUGCUUCAUAUCUCACCGGAAUCAGCUAUUCCAGAAUCACCGUAUGGAAUUGUGCGGACAGGUGACAUAAUUACGUGUGAUGUGGAAAAUAGGAAACUGCAACUAGAAGUGUCUGACGAGGAGAUUCAGCAAAGGAUUGCCGAACGGAAGGCAAAAAUCAACAUAAAGGGACCCGGGGCGACUGUAUCGCGAGGAUAUCGAGCUCUCUACACACGAUCUGUCAACCAGGCGCAGGAAGGCGCCGAUUUUGAUUUUCUAACCGCGAAAGGGGCGGAGUGGACUAGGCCAUAGUGAAUAGAAAGGCGUUUUCAUAGCAUGCCUCGCAAAAUAUGCAUGAAUAUUCAUAAAAGUAGAAUCUUUUAAUAUCCUUUUAUACAAAGAC